AUGAGCGUCAUCAAAGCACUGGAAUUGUUUCGCAAAGAGUUGGGAUCGGAGAUUGAGAUAUUGGCCGAUCAGCACAACGGCGCCUUCAUUGAGUACGCAAAACGCUGGACGGAUAUUGGACGCAAAACUCCAGCGGCUAUAGUGGUACCUUCUUCAGAGAUUCAGAUCCAGAAAACGGUAAAAUGGGCCGUCGAAAACUCAGUGCCCUUUGUGACCAAGAGCGGAGGACACAGCGAAUGGAGCACGAUUGAUUCAAGUGGCAUCAUCAUCGAUCUCAGCAAGUACUCGAGCAUUGAAGUAAACGCAGCCGAGCAGAAGGCCACACUCCGGGGCAGCAUUCUAGCCAAGCAAGUUUCGGUUGCUUUAGCAGAAGUAGGGCUCUUCACUGCGUUAGGGAAUGGCAACCCUAUUGGAGCUAUUCCUUACUUUCUCAAUGGAGGGGCGUCGGUAGUUACAUCGUGUGUGGGGUAUGGUUCCGAUCAAAUUCUGUCUGCUCGUAUGAUUGACGCCAGGGGCAACUUGAUUGAAGUCACAGAUAGCGAAAAAGAUAUGGCAGACCUUCUCUGGGCCCUUCGAGGCGCGGGCCAGUUCUUCGGGCUGAUCACAGAACUCACGGUCAAAGCCUAUCCAUUCUCUGCACUGGGCAACGACCAAGGAGUAAUAUGGACCGGAGUGUUCAUUUUACCAUUGGAAAGGGCCGGCGAAGUAGCGGAGGCGAUGAAUAUAGUGGCCAACGACAGCACGCAUCCUACGUCAGGAUUGAUGAUGAUCAUGGCACCGCCUCCCAAAAAUGACCCGGCGCUCGUGAUAUCAGCUCGUUACAGAGGCAACCCCGAAAAUGCUGCACAAGCUUACAAACCCCUAUACGACUUGAAUCCUCUAAUGGCCAACGGCGCGCCAGUGCCCAUCCAAAACACAAGCGACGGCCACGAAGCAUUCAACGAAAAAGGCACCUUCAAGCGCUUCGCAACCACAUGUCUCCCUCACUUCAACGCAACCGCCAUCCCCGACGUCGUACAACUCUGGAAGACCAUGGUGACCGAGUGUCCAGACGCCAUCACUACAUCGUUCAAUUUCCAGUGGGACUCGCGCCUCGCACCCGUCCCCGCGCACGCGCCCUCGUCGUGCAGUAGCUUGCGCGACACGCGUCUGUGGCAGAACAACUUCAUCUGGCACACUGAUGUCAAUAGUCGCAACAAGGUUGACGAGUUCAGCGAUCGAGCGAUUGCUGCUAUGCGUGGUGAUGGGGAGCGGAGGGAGUUUCAGAACGCGACGCGAGAGGGUCCGAUUGAGCUUCGCUAUCGCGAUCCCGUGAAGCUGGCUAAAUUAAAGCAACUCAAGCAGGUUUGGGAUCCGAAUGGAGUAUAUACUCGACAGCUUCUCGAUGGUUGA